CCCGAGGGGUCGCGGAGGUCGAUAGCGGUUCAUAUGGACCCCCAGUUCGUUUCUCAGUGGCUCUAUGAUGUGGUAGGUCUCCCCGAGAGGGUACGAGGCGGGGGAGGAGGGAGGGAGGAAGACUCUGAAGUUGCCAGCUCCGUAUAUGUGGAGUGGAUGCUGUGGGGAUUUCCAUCGAGUGAGGCCAGGUAAGAUUUGGUCUGGAGCGCCGAAAUAGAAAUCUUGCUUGUCUCCAAACUUUGUCAUGGUGUCCAGUUUCAGUGGUUGCAUGCUUGCUUUCACGAUGAGACCCUCUCUCUCCGGGCCCAGCUCCGGAUCAGCAAAUUCAAACUGGUCCUCCUCUUCCCUGACCAUCAUCCCCAGAGGAGCAAACUCGUAAGGGUCCAGAUACCCGUCUCCGUCCUGGUCGUAGUAGCGGAAGGCGUCCAUAAUCCCAGGAGGCAAUUCGUAGUCCAGAGCCUCUCCGUAGCCGUAGUAGGCCACGUACUCGUCCAGGAUGAAGCGGGCGUUGUAGGCGAGGAGAGCGAGAACCAGCGGGAUGGACGCGAGGAAGUGCCAGCAACACGUCUUCAGUCUCGCUCGGCGUUUUGUCUGCCGCUGCUCUCUUUGCGUUGACUGGUGGCCUGCAGCAGGAGCUGACGCGGGAGGCUCCCUCCCGCUCAUGAGGAGCGGCGGGGUGGAAGACAGACAGCAGUGAAGCAAGACGAGAGUGAAGCCGAAGCGAGCUGCGCGCUGUGGGGGCUGCCCCUCCCCCCGGGCUCUAUCCGGAAUGGAACGGGGGCAGUUGAACUCUCACCUUUCUCAGGUGUAGCCGAGCUGGAAAUGGGUCUGUGCAGGUGCGAAAAGCGCCGUGUGACGAACCUGUUCUGUUUCGUGCACCAGGUGAACGUCUGCGAGGACUGUAUGAUUAGCCAGCAUCACAGGUGCGUGGUGCAGUCCUACCUGAAGUGGCUGGAGGACGCAGACUACGACCCAGUCUGCGUCCUCUGCACAAAGAGCAUACAGGAAGGCGGGGACGUGGUGCGACUCGUAUGCUACGACGUCUACCACGUGGCUUGCUUGGACUCCUAUGGACGGAGUUUAGUGUCCACCACCACGCCCACGAACUACCUCUGUCCAAAAUGCAAGGAUCCUCUUAUUCCUCCUCCAAACAUGGCUUCUCCCGUGGCCUGUCGACUGAGAGAUGUCCUCCGAGGGUUCCCCUGGGCCACCACCUCCACCAACACCCCUACUCCUCCUCAUGGAUUACCACAGGACAGUAGCAUGUUUGUAGAAGAAGGGCCAGAUGGUACAUCACACAACUUCAUGUCACCUCUGACGAGUACCCCUCGUCCCCCUCACCCCUCCACCUCUCCCUCCCUCUCCACUUCCCUCCCCAUCCCUCCCUCACAUGACGAAGCUCGCUCAGCCACCCACAACACCACCUUUCAACAACAGGGCCUCACCACAGCCAGAGGAGUGGGUGGUACUGGAAUGGGUGUACGGGAAUCGUACCCGGCGGCCACUGGGAUAUCUCUGAGUAGAGAUGUGGAUGAGAACAAGUAUCGCAGGAAGAAUCCUCUGGAGAUGGUCUCCCGAUGGGUCAAGCACCAGCAGCAUUGGAAUGUCCCUAGUGACGACUCCUCGGUGAUAAUGAGACGAUACCUCAUGAUGGCCGUGGCCGUCGUUUUUCUCAUCGUCAUGCAUGGCGAAGACGAAGAAAAGAAUGUUUGCGAGCCGGACUGGGGUGCUCGUCCGCAGAGGAGCAUCAAGGACGAACUGUAUUACGUUAGCUGCAGUAGCAUAUCCUGUUCGGGCCGUGGGAAUGACGGACGGGGAAUAGAAUUCCGCAAAUGCAGGAAAACGAAAGCCAUACGUACGGUCGUCGUUCUCGCGUUCUUGGUUCUCCUAGACCUGGCCCUUUCCACGGCAGUGUCAGUGUAUGAAGUAUUAGUCCAUUGCGUGUUCAUCUCCGCCCUCUGCCUCUAUCUAAUCCUCUCACUCGUCCUCUCUGUAUGCAGAGAGGAGGUGGUGGUGGUUCGAGGACUGGGUGUUUACAUCAGCUCCACCAGCUGGGUCGGCCUCUCCUCCUCCAUGUUCCUACCACACACCGUCGUUGGUGACAUCAUCAUUAACGAAGGUGUCACGAUGUGUCGAGUGGUGUUCUACCUGGCCGUGACAAUAGUCCGGAGGGAGAAGUCAACAGUAGACAGACAUCCACUGGUCCUCAAGCUCUACCCACUCUUUACCGAGUUCUACCCCAGGUUGGCCGUUAUUCAAGAAUCUUAUCAUUUCCUCCGAGAUCACUUCUACGAACCGUCCUCAUCUCCUAGGCAACCGUUACCAUCACAACAAUAAUCACGCCAACUGAAUCAUCCUUUGACCUCUACUGCUCAAAAGUAUUUUCUCACUUUCAUGUUUGCUGUCUUAAACCUUAACCCCUGUACAUCACAAAAGAGAUCAAAAAUAAUUUAAUGGUCAUGGAAGAUUGGCUCGUGGGUUAUCACUAGCUAUAUAGACUUGGCAAAGGUGUCUGUGAGCAGCUGCUUUGCCUCUUGUUGGUGGAUCUUUGGUACGCCGGUGGCAGGACAGGGGUAGGCCCUGCG